AAUCCAAUGGCCGGCCGAGCCCAAGUAGCGGCGUUCACGUGAUCAAUGUCCAAUUUUGUCGAGCCCAAGCUCGACUAGACCCACUCAGCUGAACCUAAACUUAAUAAAAUAUAAAAACAAGAAAAAGGAAAACCCUAACGUAAACCCUCCGCUCUCCCUCGACCUAGGGCAAGAAAGGGGGGCUCCCUUCCGCUCUGCACUCUCCACUCUCGGCGGCGAAGGCAGUGGAACAGGGGCCCGCGAGACGCUCCAACGACGGAGAACGGCGGCGAACGCCGAGACCUCAAAGUUGGAAGCUCACACACGGCUGUUAUAGGAACUCAUAGACAAGCUAGAGAAGAAGUUUUCUUGAUUGCACUUCUGAAAGAGAAAACGCUCUUUGCCUUCACACAAGUCAUUGGAAUUUACUUCUCUUUCGCUUAGGCUUUUUCGAAACAGCUGACAAUGCUGAAAAUAAAGACUCCAAAGACACAUCGUGCUAAGCGGGCACUUGAAAAGCGUGCCCCUAAACUCGUUGAGAAUGGCAAGAAAACACUCAUUCUUCAUGGUACCAAGACCAGCAACUUACUGAACUCUGUGUUAACUCAGAUUUAUCAUUUGAAACGGGAUAGUGCUGUAAAGUACACCAAGAAAAAUGAGAACAUCAGACCUUUUGAAAGUGGUGGGGAAACAUCUUUGGAGUUUUUCUCCCUCAAAACUGACUGCAGUCUCUUUGUGUUUGGUUCUCAUUCAAAGAAAAGACCCAACAAUCUAGUUCUUGGACGGAUGUAUGAUCAUCAUGUUUAUGAUCUAGUUGAAGUGGGAGUCGAGAACUUCAGACCCAUUGAGUCUUUUGAGUAUGACAAGAAAAUAACACCACAGAUUGGGUCAAAACCUUUCUUUGCUUUUAUAGGAGAAGGCUUUGAGAGUGUUGAAGAGUUAAAACACCUAAAGGAAGUAUUGCUUGAUCUUUUCAGAGGAGAGGUUGUGGAAAAUUUGAACCUUGCUGGUAUAGACCGCGUAUUUGUAUGCACAGCCAUCUCAUCGACUACAGUCUUCUUUGCACAUUGUGCUCUCCGUCUAAAAAGGUCAGGCACGUCUAUUCCUAGAAUGGAAUUGGUAGAAGUUGGGCCAUCCAUGGACUUGGUAGUUCGGCGUCACCGUCUUCCCAAUGACAGCUUAAAGAAAGAAGCAAUGAAAACUGCUUCUGAUCAGCCUAAGAAGAGGAUCAAAAAUGUGAGCAGUGACAUUGUGCAAGGAAAGAUAGGGAAAAUCUACAUUCCGGACCAACAGGUUGGGAAUAUGCCUUUAUCUAAUGACAUAAAGGGACUGAAGAGGGAGCGCCGUGAAGCCAAGAAAAACAAGGUUAAUGAAGAGGAUCAAUCAAAGAAAAGAAAGAUGGAGCGUCAAUAAUCCUCAGAGGCUGCUCCCUCUCACACUACUGGAAUUUCUGGAAGAUGAAGCAUUGGAAAUUUUGACUUUUAAUUAAUGUUGAAUUGAAUUUGACAUUAACAUUGGAAUUGGAUGCCUGUAGGUGUUUCAAGAAAGCAUAUGCUAGAUAGAAUUAAUAUGAAAGUUGCUGUUGGUGAUCGCUGGGCAUAUUUUGUGAUACCAAAUAUUUUAUUAAUCAGAAUUAAUCGUAUAUUCGUUUGCUUGAAUC